UCACGUAAUCCGCCCUGGAGUUUUAAAAUGUGGUUUUGGUAAUGGUCAUCUCCUCUUGUGUUUAGAAAAGCGUGGUGAUCGACAGCAGCCAUGAAUCCGCAGGAGCAGUUGGAGCAGAGGGGGAAGUUUCGGAUGACUGUGUUCGAGGAGGAGCAUUUCCAGGGCAAGAGCUGUGAAUUCUCCUUCGAGUGCCAGAACAUUCUGGAAAGAGACUUCAGGAAGAUCCGCUCCAUUAAGGUGGAGAACGGACCUUGGGUGGGGUACGAGUAUCCUGAGUUCCAGGGCCAGCAGUUUAUCCUGGAGAAAGGAGACUAUCCCUGUUACCAGGCCUGGAGCGGCAACAGCAGCUACAGAACAGAGCACAUGCUCUCUUUCAGACCCAUUAAAUGUGCUAACCACAGUGACAGUAAGAUAACCCUCUAUGAGUGUGAAGACUUCAUGGGCCGUAAAUUUGAGAUGUGUGAGGACUAUCCUUCCAUUCAAGCCAUGGGCUGGUGCAGCAAGGAGGUUCCCUCAAUCAAAGUCAACUCUGGAGCCUGGGUAGGCUAUCAGUUUCCCGGUUAUCGUGGAUAUCAGUACAUCUUCGAGAGAGACAGACACGAAGGAGAGUACAGAUGCUACAAUGACUUCGGCACCCAGGCACACACCAACCAGAUCCAGUCCAUGCGCAGAAUUCAGCAAUAAGAGCCCACCAUGUCAUGCCGUAUCAAUACUAUAGGCAAUAAAGACAUUAUUCAAAUGCUUGUGGCAGUUCCUUGCUUUUUAAAUAAAACAGCUUUUCUGCUCAAA